UUCUUGGACCUGCCGUCCGAGAUCCGACUUCAGAUUUACCGCUGGCUGCAUCUCAUGUGCCCCGUACGGCACGCACAGCUGGCGCCGUGGUAUCCCACCCCGGUACACUGCCAGUACAUUCUUCGGCGAGUUGUCGACGGCGACGAGCCGACCACCGAUGAACCGAACACUCCAAAGCCCAAGCCAGCAUCUACAUCGCCAUCAUCAGACAUGCUCUCCCCAUUCCGACCUCUCUCCGGCCUCCCGACCGGCCUCCUCCAGUCCAACUCUCAAAUAUACCACGAAUCACGAUUGCUACCAUUCACCGCCAACGAAUUUGUCUUUGUCAACUGGUUCGCAUCCGGGCUCUGGGCGGCCCGCGCCUUCACACGGGCGCUGGAGCCGUGGCAGCGCCGCGACAUGCGCUUCGUGCGGCUUGAGAUCCUGGCGCGGGACCUCGUGGGCAACGGCGGCGGCAGCGGCGCGGGCCAGGAAGAGUGGCUCGCCCUGUGCGACGACUGGGCGCCGGGGGUGCGUGGCCUGCGGAUGAAGCUGGUGCUCGGCGGCACGGCGACGGGCGUCAUGGCGUCGAACGCGGGGCCCGGCCCGGAGAAGGCGGCCGGCGGGUUCGCGGAGCUCCAGGAGCUGUCGCGGCAGCGCAUCGCGAACGGCCUGAGCCGCAUGGGCAAGCUGGAGCGGGUGGAGAUGGAGCUGGUGACGCGGGAGCUGGAGAAGGGCGACAAGCUGCGGUGGUGUGCGGCCCUGGAGGAGGAGCUGAGGGCGGCUCCCGGACUCGAAGGGGUUAGGGUCGAGUGUGCAGAGAAGUUGCAAGAGAAGAUGGAGUGGAUCAAGCAGGGGAUUGGGAUGAAGCAU